AUGGCAGAGAAAUCUAUCGUAAAGAUUAUUCAACAUGAUUCAUUUUCUUCAGAAGACAUAAAGAAGCUGAAGUCACUUAGUGUGUUCAAAGAUGAGGAGGACAGUUUACGUGUUAAGACCAGGUUAAUUGAAAGAAAGGACCAUCACAAUUUUAUUUUCCCCAUGUUGCUUCCGAAGAAGCAUGCAGUUGUGGAGAAGUUGAUACUUCAUAAACAUCUAUCUUUGUCUCAUGCCGGGAUACAUACAUUAAUCUCCAAACUUCGGGAAACCGUUUGGAUUAUCAAAAGCAGAUCAACUAUCCGAGGAGCUUUAUCUCGAUGUGUUAGAUGCAGAAAGCAUGAAGCUAAGGGACUGCAGACAGGGCCAACUACUCUGCCCGAAAAUAGAGUUAGAGAUGCUAAGAUUUUCGAAAUUGUGGGAGUAGAUUUAGCCGGUCCACUAGUUUUGAAGAACAAAAGCAAAGCCUGGAUCAUAUUUUUCACCUGUGCUGUUUUCAGAGCGGUUGAUUUGGAACUAAUUUUGACCCUCUCUACUCAGGGAUUUUUACUUGGUUUUAGAAGAUUUAUUGCUCGUAGAGGGCGGCCAUCCAUAAUUUACAGCGACAAUGGUAGUAAUUUUGUCGGAUCCAACAAUCUCUUUGAGUCAAUUGAUUGA